UUGAGUUCUGACUCUUUGUUGCCUCUUCUUUCUCUUCAGAUGAAAGGAUGCUGCGGGGACACGACGAGAAACUGAGCCCUACCUGAACCCCUCCCCCCCCCUUUCCUCUCCCCGCCCCCCUAACCCCCCCCCCUCCGAACCUCAGAGCCCUCAGCGCCGCCGUCCCACCAUGAACCUGCUGUGCCGCGGGCGUCUGAAGCUGCUGGUGGCGUCUCUCACGGCCGUCGUGCUGCUCACCUGGCUCUACCUGCUGGCCGGGAACCUGGAGAAUGGGCGCUCCCUCCUCCUGGCUCCCUGUCUGGCCGACACGCCUGCAGCUCAGGUCGUAGAGCGAGCCGUCCUGGAGUCGCGGGUACGAGAGGUGGAGGAAGAGAACCGGAAGAUCCGUCUGCAGCUCAGCCAGUCGCAAGGCACCGCCGGCCAGCCGCCGGACGGAAACUACGGCAACCAGCAGUGGGGAGCCUCAGCGGACACGGGGCCGGAUGACGGCGACAACACGGCGGAGGAGAAGAACAACCACACAGAGUGUCCUCGGGCGCCCAGCGUCCAGAAGUGUGAGCUGAUCCAUGUAGCGUGCGUUUGUGCCGGUCACAACGCCAGCAGAGACGUGGUCACGCUGGUCAAGUCCGUCCUCUUUCACAGGAGAAACCCUCUCCACUUUCAUUUCAUCACUGACACAGUAGCCAAUCGUAUCCUGAGCUCGCUGUUUCAGUCCUGGAUGGUCCCGUCUGUGCAAGUCAGCUUCUACGAUGCGGAUGAACUCAAGUCUGAGGUGUCGUGGAUACCCAACAAGCAUUACUCAGGGAUUUACGGCUUGAUGAAGCUGACGCUUACCAAAGCUCUGCCACCGGACCUGUCGAAGGUCAUCGUCCUGGAUACGGACAUUACCUUCGCCACCGACAUCGCUGAGCUCUGGGGGAUCUUUAGGAAGUUCACCGAUAAGCAGGUGAUCGGCCUGGUGGAGAACCAGAGCGACUGGUACCUGGGGAACCUGUGGAAGAACCACAAACCCUGGCCUGCGCUGGGACGGGGCUUCAACACAGGCGUCAUCCUUCUCUACCUGGAGCGGCUGCGGCGAAUCGGUUGGGAGCAGAUGUGGCGGCUGACAGCAGAGAGGGAGCUAAUGAGCAUGCUCAGUACGUCGCUGGCUGAUCAGGACAUCUUCAACGCCUUCAUCAAGCAGAACCCGGUGCUGGUGCACCAGCUGCCCUGCUUCUGGAACGUGCAGCUGUCGGACCACACUCGCUCCGAGCAGUGCUACACCGAGGUUUCUGACCUCAAGGUGAUCCACUGGAACUCUCCGAAGAAGCUCCGAGUGAAGAACAAACACGUGGAGUUCUUCAGGAACCUCUACCUGACCUUCCUGGAGUACGACGGAAACCUGCUGAGACGAGAGCUGUUCGGCUGCCCGAGUCAGGCCAAUCCAGAGAGUGUCCAGCUGCAGGCGGCCCUGGAGGAGCUGGACGAGGACGAUCAGUGUUACGACUUCCGACGGGAGCGGCUCACCGUCCACAGAGUGCACCUGUACUUCCUGCAGUACGAGUACACGCCCACGGAGGACGACACCGACAUCACGCUGGUGGCCCAGCUCUCCAUGGACAGGCUGCAGAUGCUGGAGGCCAUCUGCAAGCACUGGGAAGGCCCCAUCAGCCUGGCGCUCUACAUGUCCGACGCCGAGGCCCAGCAGUUCCUCCGCUACGCCCAGGCUUCCGAGGUCCUCAAGAACCGCAAGAACGUCGGCUACCACAUCGUCUACAAGGAGGGCCAGUUCUACCCCGUCAACCUGGUCCGGAACGUGGCGCUGAAGAACGCCAACACGCCGUACGUCUUCCUGACAGACGUGGAUUUCCUGCCGAUGUACGGCCUCUACGAUUACCUCCGGAGGUCCAUGGUGCAGCUGGACAUGGCUCACACUAAGAAGGCUCUGGUGGUUCCGGCAUUCGAGACACUUCGUUACCGUCUGUCCUUCCCCAAAUCCAAAGCUGAGCUGCUCUCCAUGCUGGACAUGGGGGCUCUUUACACCUUCAGGUAUCAUGUGUGGCCUAAAGGUCACGCUCCGACCAACUACGCCAAAUGGCGAACAGCCACCACGCCGUAUAAGGUGGAGUGGGAGCCGGACUUUGAGCCGUACGUCGUGGUGAGGCGAGACUGUCCCGAGUAUGACCAACGCUUCGUUGGCUUCGGCUGGAACAAGGUGUCUCACAUCCUGGAGCUGGACGCACAGGAGUACGACCUGAUGGUCCUCCCCAACGCCUUCAUGAUCCACAUGCCCCACGCUCCCAGCUUCGACAUCUCCAAGUUUCGCUCCAGCUCCAGCUACCGCAACUGUCUGAACACGCUGAAGGACGAGUUCCACCAGGACCUGUCCAGGAAGUAUGGCUCGGCUGCUCUCAAGUACCUCACGGCCCAGAGGACCAUCUAAAAGAGCAGAACUGCGGAGAGCCGGCGAGUCCCUUGGCCUCCGGACGAGGUCCCAGAGUUCGGACAGACUCGUACUGACGCUGCACUGCGCCGCUGGGCAGCAAACAUUGACGGUAAAGCUUUACAGCCCUUUGGAACAUUCUCGGGCUCCUGUGUAUUGAAGGGUAACUCCGUUUCUUUUCAAUCUGAACCCUAUUUUCUGAGGUUAUUGUGUUUAAGUGACUAGUGGGAACAACAAUCUUUGAAAUUGCUCCAGCAUUGAACGAGAACGCUGUGAUCAGCAGCCGUGGACCGGGCUGCAAUGUAACGCUAAAGGACAGUUUUUUUUAACCAGAAACGGCGCUGAGGUUGCCAAU